AUGCCCGCUAACGGUGUAAAUGGAGUUAAUGGGAGAGGACCACGUAGAAUGGCAACCCUAGAGCAACUGUUUCAGCCGAUCCAACCCAAGAGGGAUGACACCGGGAACAAAGUCACCGUCGUUGGGACCGGCCAAGUCGGCAUGGCCGCUGUAUUCUCAAUGUUGACUCAGGGUGUGACGAAUAACAUCGCAUUAGUGGAUGUAAUGGAAGACAAACUGAAGGGAGAGAUGAUGGACCUUCAACACGGUUCCGCCUUCAUGAAGAAUGCUAAGAUCCAAGCUAGCACCGAUUAUUCUGUAUCCGCUGGUUCCAAAAUUUGCGUCGUAACUGCAGGAGUCCGUCAACGCGAGGGAGAAUCUAGACUUGACCUAGUGCAGAGGAACACUGACGUUCUAAAAAGUAUUAUUCCACAGCUCGUGAAGUACAGCCCAAAUGCUGUAUUCGUCAUUGCCAGCAAUCCAGUCGACAUUCUGACCUACGUCACGUGGAAGAUCAGUGGGUUGCCGAAACACCGUGUGAUUGGCUCUGGAACUAAUCUAGACUCAGCUAGAUUCCGCUACCUUUUAUCCGAGAAGCUGGGCGUCGCAGCAACAUCUUGCCACGGUUAUAUUAUCGGAGAGCACGGAGAUAGCAGUGUACCGGUAUGGUCGGGUGUGAACGUAGCGGGAGUACGUCUCAGUGAUCUCAACUCCAAAGUGGGAACAGAAAAUGAUCCUGAAAAUUGGCAAGAAUUACACGAUAUGGUGGUAAAGAGCGCGUAUGAAGUUAUUGGGCUAAAGGGCUACACUUCCUGGGCUAUUGGUCUCUCGCUAGCACAAUUGGCUCGAGCGAUUCUAUCUAACGCUAACAGUGUACAUGCUGUAUCUACUUACUUGAAGGGUGAACAUGGUAUAGAAGAGGACGUUUUCCUCUCCCUCCCUUGCGUGCUGGGCAGCAACGGCGUCUCUGACGUCAUCCGCCAACCUCUCACUGAGAAGGAACUCAAUCAACUCCGCAAAUCUGCACACCUUAUGGCACAAGUGCAAGCGGGUAUCCAAUUC